AUGGCGUCGGCACGCAUCACUUUUGACGACUUCCAAAGUGCAUGUUGCACCUACCUCGCCCAACGCGAUGCGCUUAGCACGCCUCAGCAGCACCAGCUGUCGUGGGCGUCGUACGCACCGGGCUGGACAUGGCAAGACGCCCUGCUUCCCGGUCCGGCCUUUAGCGGCACCGCAGGCCUGCAUCGGUCCUAUGCCAUCAUCGCCCACCACAACACUACUGCAGAGGAAAAGCACGCGCUUGAAGACGAGAUGUGUGCUUCGACACAAGUGGCUGACGAUACGGACGAUGCCACAUAUACCCCGACGACGACGCGCAGAGUGAUACAGUUGGAACAAUCGAUCCACUGGUCGCCCGUCUGGAGUGUGCCCGUGCUCUACUUUCACGCUACGCUCAACGAUCGUCCUAUCAGUCUGGACGAUUUGCAGGGCGUCGGUAUCGUUCACGACGCGGGGACGCUCGCUGCGCAUCUGGGUGAGGCGUUGCAGCCGGUCUCGGUGGGUGACCAUCCGCGCUCCGGACUACCGAGCUUUUAUUUGCAUCCGUGCAACACCAGUUCGGCCUUGUCUUCGCUUCUCGCCCAGGAUGAGGAGGCGCAGUAUGUGGCGAGCUUCGUGGCGCUGUGCGCGUCGGCUGUCCAUAUGCGUCCGCCUUGA